AAUUCCUCUCUGACUCGACAUCAUACCUGAAUAUUCGCUCACAGGUGCAUCGAAAGUACUUGGGGUCCUCGCUGGCGUCGACAUUUUGUGCAGCAAGGUACAGCAGCGGCAUUGGACCCGAUGGAACUGACACAGUCCACGCCUUCGCUCGAAUGCGUGAGAUGUUCCGAGAACACCGUUCUAUAACAAUCGCCUUGCUGUCAUCACUCCCGAUUUCAACCAUAUGUGAACCUGGUUUGCGUCAGUAUAGGGAAUUUGAAGACUCCAGGGACCCAAUGUCAUCGCACGCUUGGUGGCAUGAGGAGACACGACGGCGAUUAGAGGCAGGUUAUCGAGCAGCUCGAAUACACAGGCCACCCGCCAUCAGACUGCCCAGUGGCAAAUCACACGUCUGAGCCUCUUCCACGUUGCACUGUAUCCUGCUUGUAUUCCUCUGAGCAGACCAAGUGAGAUCGUGUCCAGAUGUGGCAUGACAGCGGCCAGCACAGAUCUGUCAUUCCUCUUGCCCAACCCUCUCGGCCAUGCAAGAUGUGGGAGGUCUUGGCGGCCUCUCUGCCUCGACUGUGAGCUGGCCGUACCUCACAAACUGCGAUGGCAUCCCGUCAACGGUUGCAAGUCCCACAUUGUCCGAGGUAUCAUCGUCCCACUCAGCCGUUCGAGACAGUCCAAUGCCAUUGGCUCUUCAGGUCUCGCUCGCCUAACAACACAGAUCGCGGGCGCACCGUCUAUAAUAGAAACGGGUCGUGGACGCCCUAUUCCCUUGCUGGAAGCCCUCCUGGGCCUCUUAGAAGCCACAUCCAAGACACGCAAGCUUCACAAGAGGCUGGACCGAUCAGACUCGCCAAACUCGUGGACACAUGCAACCUGAAAUCACAACUCUCCACGGAGGCCAGCGGCCCCCAGGCUGAUGGCCUGGUACUAUAAGACCGAGCACGUCAUGCUGGAGAAUAUGCCAUGCUAUGCUGUGGUGCUCGACAACAGACCGAAAAAACAGAUCAGCUCCUGUUUCGCGAAGUGCUCUCCCAAACAUACACAUUACGGCUAAUAAGAUGAAGGUCGUCCUCCCUGUUCUCCUUGCGCCUGUGGUACUCGCGUACCGCAAUCCGUUGCCUCACGGGCUUGGCGCGCAUGCGAAGCCCAUGGCCAAGCUCUCCAACGAAUCCACACCGACCUGUGGCGUCGGAUACACCUACUGCGGAUAUAUCCUGCAGCAGGAGAAACACUUCGAGCUGGGCAGCAUCCUCACCGCGUACUGCCAGGGGGGCGGCUGCGACGCGGCGACGGGGACGACCCACACCGACCCCCUGCAGGCCCUCUACGUGUGCGUGCCCAAGGAGGCGGUCCCGAGGAGGCGCGACGCCGAGGAGGACACGCCGUACUCCGGACCCGUCAAGAUCGAGCUGCUGUGUGCCUGCAGCGGGAGGCCCUUUGCCGGGGAGGAGAACGUGUGCCUGAACCCGGCCGGGGACCAUAUCGGCCGGUGCAGCACGCCUUGCGUCAACAGUGACUGCCGGAAGCCCGAUGCUGCUCCUGGGGCGCAUUAGGUAGCUUCUCGUUUGUGUUCCAAGGUUUGGUGUCUGGUCCUCUUUGGUGACGGAUCUGUACGGAUUGGCAGACCAAGUAUGUUGGUGAUCUUGUUCAUGUUGAUCUUAGAGUAUUUCUGAAGGAACGGUUUGAUUUGGUUGUUAGCUUCUUCAGCUAGGAAGUUUCUUUCCUGCUGGGGAGGAGGCUCGAAGAAGACAUUGCCCGGACGACGAGAAAUAGUACACGUGCUGCAAAUCAUUUAUUAU